CAGUGAGUUAUUUAUAUCUUGAUCCUAAAUUUAACCUGCGGGCUGUGUAAUUAGUUUUACGCAGCUUCAACUAACAAACAUGGUUAUAGUUUUAUAACAAGUUUUUUUAUAUAUCUAGGUACUGAAAAAUGCUUGCCAAAGUUUUAAUUCCUUUCCUUUCCUGAAGCUGUGAAACUGAAGGUACAAAGCUGUGGCCGUCCCGAAUCAUCUACAAAUGUUGACAUCGGAUUAUCUGGAUGCAGCAUCAAGCUUUAGAAGAACCGUAAUCCUGGCUUUAUUUGUUGCCUUCCUUUUCACAGUUAUUGAGGCAGCGGGCGAGGAGAAGCUAACGCUGGAGGCAAACCCUGAUCAACCUCUGACUAGGGAAAACAACACAGGGGACAAUGUCACCCUGACAUGCAAAGGGAUGAUCCAUCCGACCAGCACCUUCCUUUCCUUCAGCGUUCUUCACACCUUGGACGAGGAAGUCACAACCUACGUCUCUAAAGUCUUCCCGACAGGCAGCAUGCCUACCGCCAACGUGUCCGCUGAACUUGUUGGCUGCUACGCCGGAGACUACGUCCUGUGCCAAGGGAUUUCUAGCAAGUUCUCCUACAACGAGAACGGCAGCCUUGCCAUCGUCGUCGUCAUCAAGUCGUUUCUGUGUCGCCUGCGUGGCCUGUGGAAAUGUAAGGUCAUCUUCCGGUAUGCGGGCCGUCUCGAGGACAUCACCAUGAAGGCCCACUUGACUUUUCACGGCUUCUCUUGGCCUUCUAAUUUGACUUUGACCUUUGGGGAAUCUCAUAAGGAGAUGAACAAGGUCGCGGUGAUAGCUGGAAGUCAGGUGCUGCUGACGUGCCGGGGAAACGUCGGCUCGACUAACGCUCGGCUUAUUUUCGUCUCCUACCACCACAACGGCACGGAAGCACAACGAAGAAUGGUUCAGCGCCUCCAAGGAAAGUGAUUACAAACAGAGUCAAUGCCAGUGGAUUCACGAGGCCACUUUCAACCUCACAGUGCAGAACAACGACGAUCUCAAGAUCUUUAAAUGCAACGUGAAGGACAACCACCACAACAUCAUCUUAAGUAGCUCGCCUACCGCGUUAUACGUUGUUAAUGGACCAGGAACAACAUGGCGCACCAUGAGCAAAAGCAAGGAAAAAAUGGAAAUCAUUUCCGAUCCGGCUCUGAAGUUGACGGAAUCGUCAGUUGAUGUCAAAGAACAAAGCUGCUUCGACAACGUCUGGCUCGUCUUCGGAGUGGUGGCCGUCAGCGUGGUGGUCAUUGUCAUCAUCCUGGAGUCCGCCAACGCUGUCUACCGUAAAGUGAAAAAAGCAAUGGAGAAAGAAUAAAUUACCAUAGCUACAGUCAAAUAAUUUAACUACGCUAAAGUGUUAGCAAGUGUUCAUUUAUAAAAUUAAGAAAAAAAUAGAAAUGCGGAGUUUUCGAGUGUAGCUUGUUUUCUUUUGUCUGCGUGAGUCUACAUGAUUACCGCUAUACUCUAUUUAUUUAUCUUAUGCCUUUAACAUCAUGCAGCCUCAAUGUUAUGUUUCUAGCUUCAGAUUUUUAAUCAUUCCAACAAAUUCUCAAUCCUGGAUUUCAGCAAAAUUACGAAGUAUAUAAAGGAGUGUCCUUUACCUGUCAUUUCUUCUGCGCUUCAUUGUCACUUGAAUGGGUUCCUUCAAGGCUAUUGUUUAUUGCCAUUACUGUUUAUAUAUAUAUACCUUAUGAAAUUGUAAAAGUACAAUUGAUAGGAGCUGAUAAAUAAAACAUGUUUGACGGCAUUGCUUUGGUGUCAUGU